AUGGGUGCCUCAUUAUCGCGUCUGUGGUCUCUGAUCUGGACCAAGAAGGAGAUCCGAAUUCUCAUUCUGGGUCUCGACAACGCUGGAAAGACCACUCUUCUCUACAGGCUCAAGAUCGGCGAAGUUGUCACCACGAUUCCCACCAUCGGAUUUAACGUCGAGUCGGUCACAUAUCGAAACCUCAAUUUGAACGUUUGGGAUCUUGGUGGCCAAACAUCCAUUCGCCCUUACUGGCGGUGUUACUACGCCAACACUGCUGCUGUCGUUUUCGUGAUCGACUCUACAGAUAUAGAACGAUUGGGAACUGCUGCGGAUGAACUGGCGGCGAUGCUCAACGAAGAGGAACUUCGGGAAGCUGCGCUCCUGGUAUUUGCCAACAAGCAGGAUCAGCCUGGCGCCAAGGGUGCAGGUGAAAUCUCGGAGGCAUUGAAGCUGGGAGAGCUCCGAGACCGCAACUGGAGCAUCGUCGCCUGUUCUGCCAUUGACGGCAAGGGUAUUAACGAAGGCAUGGACUGGCUGGUGCAAACCAUCCAGGCUGAAAACGCAUGA